AUGGCCCUGGAGGUGGAGCUGCAUGUCCACCUGGACGGAGCCAUCAAGCCAGAAACCAUCUUAUACUAUGGCAAGCAAAGGGGGGUCAGCCUGCCGGCUAACACGGUAGAAGGCCUGAAGGACAUCAUCGGCAUGGACAAGCCGCUCAGCCUUCCAGAAUUCCUGGAGAAGUUCAACUACUACAUGCCAGCCAUCGCGGGCAGCCGGGAGGCCAUCAAGAGGAUUGCCUACGAGUUUGUGGAGAUGAAGGCCCAGGAGGGUGUGGUGUACGUGGAGGUGCGCUACAGCCCACACCUGCUGGCCAACUCCAAAGUGAAUCCGAUCCCCUGGGGCCAGAAAGAGGGGGACGUCACCCCUAGUGAUGUGGUGUUCCUCGUGAACCAGGGCCUGAAGGAGGGGGAGCGAGACUUCAAGGUGAAGGUGCGGUCCAUCCUGUGCUGUAUGCGCCACAUGCCGGAGUGGUCCCUCGAGGUGGUGGAGCUGUGUAAGAAGUACCGGGACCAGGGUGUGGUGGCCAUCGACCUGGCAGGGGACGAGACCAUCACGGACAGCAGCCUCUUCCCGGGACACCUGCAGGCUUACCAGGAGGCUGUGAAGAGCGGCAUUCACCGCACCGUGCAUGCCGGGGAGGUGGGCCCACCGAAAGUGGUGAAACAGGCUGUGGAAGACCUCAAGACGGAGAGGCUGGGGCAUGGCUACCACACUAUAGAGGACCCGGUCCUUUAUAACAAGUUGCUGGCAGAAAACAUGCACUUUGAGGUCUGUCCCUGGUCCAGCUACCUCACGGGCGCCUGGAAGGCAAACACGGAGCACGCCGUGGUUCGGUUCAGGAGGGACAAUGCUAACUAUUCCAUCAACACGGACGACCAGCUCAUCUUCAAGUCCACCAUCGACACUGACUACCACAUGCUCAGAGACCUAAUGGACUUCACUGAGGACGAGUUUAAGAGGCUGAACAUCAAAUCGGCCGAGUCCAGCUUCCUCCCAGAAAAUGAGAAGAAGGAGCUUCUUGAUCUGCUCCACAAAGCCUAUGCGAUGUAACCUGCAGCCCCUGCAGGGCAGCGUCCAAGAUGCCAGGGCCACGUCGCUGAGCCCUUGUCCUGGGGAUGGCAUCUUCACAACUCCGACUGGAGCGACACUCUGACCUUCACACCUCCCCGGGAGGACGGGUCUCCACGGCCGGCCGCUGUUCCUGAAGUCAGCGUGCUCGGCGCAGCCAGCCCCUCUGAUCGUGGGUGCGGGCUGGGUUCAAUCUAAAACCUUCUGUGAUGCUGAUUCUGAGCUGG